AUGUUACUCUUCUGCCCAACAUGCAGCAACAUGCUUCGCGUGUCCAAAGUACCCCCCGGUGACCCUACAACCGAAGACUCUGUCGGCCAAAACCGUUUCGAAUGCCUUACUUGUCCCUACCACUUUGUAAUCAACAAACGUUACUACGAGCGCAAGUAUCUGAAGAAGAAGGAAGUCGAAGACAUCUUGGGUGGAAAGGGUGCCUGGGAUAACGUAGACAAGACAGAAGUCCAAUGUCCCAACGAGAAGUGCCGGAACCACGAGGCGUACUGGUACCAGCUACAGAUUCGUAGCGCUGACGAGCCAAUGACCGCCUUCUACAAGUGCACCCAAUGCGCGAAAGAGUGGCGAGAAUGA